UUUUUUUUUUUAUAAUACUUAGUGAAUUUAAUUUUAGUCGAACCUUUAAUUUAAUCUCAGGUUUUAAAAUUAAAUUUUAAGGGAGUAACAGAAACUAUUUCAGGCUCAGACAUUUAUCACAGUCUAAGUGUUGGAUCAUUUGACCUCUACGACACGGAAAUGUCUGCUGUACCUGCGUCACUCUGCUCCACUUUGAUGUUUGUCGGAGUCUUUGUGUUUGUCUGUGCAGACCAGAAAACCAUCACAGCUGAGUCUGGACAGAAUGUCACUCUGACAUGUCGAGCUCCAAACAACAACAUCAUAGUUGUAAAGUGGAUCAGAGCUGACCUGGGAGAUGAAUAUGUGCUUUUGUACCAGGAUGGUCGCUUUGUUCCAGAUGAGCAGCAUCCAUCUUUUAAGAACCGGGUGGAUCUGCAGGACAGACAGAUGAAGGAUGGAGACGUGUCUUUGAUUCUGAAGGAUGUGACAACUAGUGACACUGGAACAUAUGAGUGUCAUGUUAUCAUGGAAGAACCAAGAAUUGAUCGACCCAGUUUCCAGCUUAUCAUUAUCAUCAACCUUCAUGUUGUUCCUCCACUCCCAAAGAUCAUCACAGCUGAGUCUGGACAGGAUGUCACUCUGACAUGUCGAGGUCCAAACAACAUCACAGUUGUAAAGUGGAGCAGAGCUGACCUGGGAGAUAAACAUGUGCUUUUGUACCGGAAUGGGAAGUUUGCUCCAGCCAACCAGCAUCCAUCUUUUAAGAACUGGGUGGAUCUACAGGACAGACAGAUGAAGGAUGGAGACGUGUCUUUGAUUCUGAGGGAUGUGAAGAUUAAUGACACUGGAGUAUACAUGUGUAGUGUUGUCAUGGAAGGAGUACGCACAUGGACCAUCAGCUUCAUCUACCUGAUUGUUGAUCCUCCAGGUCAGCCAGAAGGAUAUCCUGUAUGGAUGGUUGGUCUGGGAAGUAUUCUUCUUGUUAUUUUUAUUUUUCUGAUCCAUAAAAUAAUACAACAACAGAAAACUAGAAAGCGAAAAUUUCUGAAGAAAUUUUAAGUGUGCCUA